AUGGUUGACGUCGAUGCCUUGAACUCAGAACUGGAUCAGAUCUCUGACCAGUACCAGUCUCUGUUUCGUCGCUUGAAUAGCGAAUCCCAACGGGAUGUGCAAACCGUUGCUUUGUCUCUGAGUAUUGCAUUGUCCCAGCUAUACCAGCUGGCAAUUUUCGUGAGAGGAGACUAUAACAAGAGAGUUUUCAAUGUGUCGGGCAUACUGGUGACUAAAGUCAGGGAGGCGUUUGAGCAGUUGGCUCACGCUUCCACCACAGCCCUGGAGAAUGUGUCAACGCUUCAAUCAGAGAAUGUCGACCUCUUGGCCGCGAAGAUGCAUAUAUUUGAGCAGAACGUCAAAGCAGCGCAUGACGAGACGGCCGCAAAGAUUGCUGGUUACAAGGAUGCGAUCAGCAUGAUCGUCCCCAUCUGGGGGAUCAUUGGGCUCAUCGACCAUACAAAGUCCCCCGGCAGCGUCCUCCUGGAAGGGCAGAUCGGCGCUGCGAGACAAGCGGUCGAUAACGCUCCACAUAUCCUCGAUUCCGCGUACCGAAACGCCCAGGCAUCCCUAGAUCCCCUGAGAGGAGAGCAGGCGAAAUUAGAACUGCAAAGUGUCAUUCUUAAGAGACUGGGACCCCUCCAAAGCGCUAUCCAGUCCGCCAUUACGAAAGCACAGGAACUCGAGAAAGGGUUGAUUCCGAUGAAGGACAGUGCUACCGAGAUGGUCCGUCGAAGGAACAAGCUUAGCAGCCGGGCGGAGGAUGGUGCAGAGCUCUCAAUCACGAAGGAGGAGUCUGUGAGCGGCAUUUUGGAUGUUGUCGAACUUGCCAUCGUGGAGCCCAAUACAGCCAAACAGAUUAAAAUGAUUCUGGCUGAACUGCGGAAUUCAUGGGGCCCUUCUCCUGUCCCGCCAGCUAUCCUGUCCCGGCUUGAUGAACUUGAUGGCAAGGCGGCGAAGAUUGCUGGCUGA